CGUUCCCAUGGCCAAAGUGAAGGAAACGAAUGGCUUUCUCUCGUUCACUAUGAAGCUCGCCGAAGUCAAGGUACAUAACCAACAAUGCAUAGGCCUAACUUCGACCCUAAGUAGCCGUAUAUAACCAAGGUAAUCAUGCCCAAAAGCCUUUCGGUUGUUGUUCGGUGUGGUCGUGCACAACUGUGGACCAUGAAUUAUUGACUCAGAGGUGUAUUUUGCUGGCGACCUGACCAAAGUUGGUCGGUUUUUGCUUCAAUCCGAGGUGAACCGUUCGAUUUGCCCAGCUUGAUCGAUUCAUGAGGCCUGGCUGGGAAAGCGGCACGAAAGUACACUUACUCACAUGACUGAAGGCCAAAAGACCAGAGGUGUGAUCAUGAAACUUGUGUUUCCCUCAUCCCGGUGGUCCAUCAACUUGGGAUCUGACCUGCAGCAGUUGCUGUUGUCGAGCCUCUAAGCCAUGGAUAUUGAGAGCAUCGCCAAUUCCUGGCUGGCGGAACCCCCUUGGAUUAAGGUGUUCAAGCACACGUUCGACGUCCUUGAAGAUUAUGUGAGCUAUACUCUAGUGUCCGUCGGGGCCAUCUCAUUGUCGGUUCGUCUCCUCACAACCUUGGGAACUGGGGACUUAAUGUGUAUACUGAUUGGAGUGGAAUACGGAAACAUUUCGGUCAAGGACCUAGGACCAUACGCCUCCGGGGGAACCCUUGGCAUUUUGAGCUACGCCCAAACGGAAAAGGCAUGCAUACAUCAAGUGUUCUCGCCCUUUAUGGAAUACCUGCCGUACAUUUUGCUCUUAGAGACAUUGUUCUUGAUUGUGGUGGAAAAAUUCACUUUCAAGAUUCCUCGGAUAGCGCAGAAAGUGGAACGUUUCUAUGCCAAUAUUGUGGAGCAUGCCUUGUUUGGUCAUGAUCCCGACGUAGCGGAGGACAUGACCGACCCUAAAACAAGUACGGAGGCCAUAUCUAGGCGAAGACAACGCAACGAAAUCUGCGUCUCGUUGAAGAGAAGUAGUAUCAUUCAUCACGUGUACCUGGGAAAGAAUUUCAUGAAAGUUUGGGUGGUCGCCUUCUAUCUGGCCAUCAACAUCAGUUAUACCAUUGUAGGCAUAGUCGAUAAGGCCAAAUGCGCUGUCGACGUGUCACCUUUUCCGGGGGUUGUUGCAAAAGCUGGCAGGAUGCAUUUCCAAUGCAGAGGCAAAAAGAUGGACUUUUUUAUUUUGGCCCUAUGGACACAGACGUUUUUGUUGUUCCUUCACAUGAUUAUGUCCUUAGGAGCUAUGAUAUGGUGUUGGCAGUUCAGAUCUGUGUCCAAUUUACUUCGAACCAUCGAACGUAGUCGCAAAGAGUGGGAACCGAGUUUGGUGUCUAAACAUGAUGGAGAGGACUUUUUGUUCCUCUUUGAUCUCUUGGCCCAUAGCAGUGGAAUCGAAUCGACUCUAAGGGUUUUGACGCACUCGGAUGAGACUUUCUACGAGAUUUGCCGUCCCAAUAUGGAUCCCUCCAAACACAUACAGCUCGAAGAGGACAAAGUCAAAAUCAUGUGGAAGCCUGCAGACAUCGAAAGAUGGCUUAUGUCAGGCACGAAGCAUACACGGACUCAAAAAUCCAUAGACAUCGACAGCUAUGAGGUGACAAUAUUCCCAGCCGAAACCGUGAAUAACACUCAAAAUGUGUCAGCCAGAGGCACCCGACGGAAACCAACUUACAGUGUGUGGUUUUUUGAUCUGGUAGGUGGAAGAACCGAGUACGUCAUUACCAUUGCUUGUAUGAUUGGAAAAUCCAGAAUGAAGGGCGAGAAGGUCGUCACGACUUUGAUGCCAUUUGGGCCAGAGAAGCGCGGGGAGAAUUUACAAAGUAUACGCUAGCCGUCGACAAGAUCAAGGAUGAGUUCCCCGAUGGACAAGGCGUUCAUGAGUCGCGUGUGGAGAUAGUCAGGCUCAGUUCAGCCAAGUCUCGGAAGAUCACAGUGGAUCCAAAUUUGGCAGACUACGAUAUGUCUAAUCAACGUCGAAUCGAGAAUCUCAGUUUCAAACUUACUGAAUACACCAUCUUAGGUCUAGAUCCAGGAGACAAAUACUCGGUGGAAUUGGGCACUAAAACGGGGAAUGUUGCCACUCGGCAAACAAUAACCGACUUUGUGAUAACACGCCCGACCCCCGUCACUGGACUUAUGGUGUACGAGGUCAAAAAUGACUCAUGUGUUGUCCAGUGGCUUCCUUUGGAAGGACAUCCUUGCCUCAAAGGAUACAUGGUUCAAGUCAAAACCCAUGACGGAAAGGAAUUUAAAAACGUGGCUGUCCCUAAAUUGGCCAAGAGUUUCCACGUUAUGGGAAUGGCCGCUAGUUCGGAUUACGACGUCAGCGUGACUGCUUUGUGCGUUUACAAAACUAAAAAGACCCAAGGGGAUCCGUCAACAGUGACACUCACCACCAUGGCUGAGACGGUGAAGAACGUGCGAAUGGAAACUGCCACGCCUAACUCGAUCGUGGUCAAGUGGGAUCCACCUCUAGGAGCCAUGAACCCUCAAACGUCCAAGUACAAACUCAAGAUUUUUUCCGAAGCUUUGGAAUUUUCAUUUAACGCGGAGCUUGCAGGAGACAAAAUGCAAUACAAUUUCUCGAAAUUGCCGGACCCCGCUGGAUCUGGUCAUACAUACACCGUCGAAAUCAUAACGUCCAUACUGACCCCAAGGGAACACGAAGUGGCUAGUGAUCCCAGUGUAAGUACGUUCUCGACGAUCCCACACAAGCCGACCAACUUCAAGAUUGGCAGUCGUCACCAUGAGAUCCUCUUCACCAAAUCUAUCACGCCCAAUGUAUCUGGGUACAAAAUCAAAUGGCGAACUUCCGAGGAAGGAUCAAAAAUUGAAGAAUCCGUGAUUCCCCCAGGAGAGGAAGAUGAGCAACACUUCAAACUUCAGUCCUUGGAAGAAGGCAUGGUAUACAAAGUGAAUAUAUUUGCUUUGGUCACGUUGAAAGAUGAACACGUCUUAGAGAGCAAAGAGCUUCAUUCGAAGGUUGAAAUUAACAGCAACCAAGAAUUAGUCAUUCAUACCGAAGAUCAACCACCACAAGUGUGAU